UUAUUGUUUUGUGUGUUAACAGCAGUCAGUCAGCUAUAGACGUCCUUGCUGGUUUUUCACAGUUUUGUUAUUCAUUGCGAAAAAAAGACACAAGAAGAAAUAACGGUGUUUAACGUUAGGCUGUUGUCAUCGUAUCUCUGGAAAAUAAGAAAAGAUCUACAACUUUUUCUACUUAAACCUUGUUCGGGUAUAAGAAUUUAUAUACAUAGAGAGCUCUUACUUCUAUCUACCAGCGGCUGUGCGAUAUGUUGUUGUUGAUUUAACAUUCGACAUUAACAGUUUGGGUUUCUUUCGUUCGUUAUUUGUGUGGCAAUCGAAAUACAAAACGAAAUAAAAGAGUAAAACGAAAGCGAGACGAAACGAAACAAAACGGGACGAAGGAUAUCAUUGCGUGUUUUUGUGUUGUAUAUUGAUUUAAUUGUUGCUGUUGGCUGAAACGAACGACCACCAUUCAUCUGCAGAUAUCUGGAUAUAUACAAAGCAAAAAAGGGAAGUGGUGAACACAUAACACACACACACACACAUACAUAUACCCACACCCCCACAAAAAUCACAUCGUAAGCCUUAGUGUGUUGGCUUGUGUCCGUUGGAUUGUUCGCUCUGCUCGCGGUUGGCUGGUUCAUUGAUUUGUCAUUCGCGUUUGUUAGUGUGUGGAGUAGCUGAUAUUUGGUGGAUUUUACCCUUUGGCAUAAUCCAAAAAAAAAAUUAAAAAGAACAAAACUACAACAACACCAAGCAACAAAUAAAACAAAACCACAAAACAAUUAGUUAACAAUGUCACCAUUUAUGGAAAGAACAUUACUUUUGGUUGCCUUCUUGGCAUGCCUGCAUGUUUCAACGGCUUUGAUGUGUUACGAUUGCAACAGUGAAUAUGAUCGCCGUUGCGGUGAUCCCUUCGAUCCUUAUUCGAUAGGUGAAGUUAACUGCAGCAAACAGGAACCACGUGAACAUCUUAAGGAUAAGGUGCCAGUUUUAUGCCGCAAAACCGUACAGAAGGUUUAUGGCAAGGUACGCAUUGUACGUGGAUGCGGUUAUAUACGCGAUAAUAGCACCGAUGAUGGUACGUGCCUAAAACGUUCGGGUACUCACGAUGUACAGGCUAUCUAUUGUGCCUGCACUACAGAUUUGUGUAAUCAUGCCACCUCAACACUGAACAACAACAACUAUUUGAUACACUUAAUGCCCUAUACACUAGCUGCCCUCUUCAUAAUGUUCUCAUGUAAACGUAUCAAUCUUCAACUCAUCUCCUCCUCCUCCUCAUAAAUAUAGAAAGAAAACACGGACAGCAGCAGAAGCAGCAACACCACUGCAAGCAGUUACAUAUAUAGCAAAUAAGGAAGAAGUGUGAAUCAACCAGUUAGAAGGAAAGGGAGUUACAUAUAUAGUACAUUGCUAAAGAAAGUCAAGAAUGAGGGGCGCAUAAGAGGUAAACAUUAAAUCGAAUCUAUAAAAACAAAAACCAAAAUAAAACCAAACCAAAAACACAGCUAACAAAAAAAAACAAAAAACCAUAAGAGAAAAUUUACGCUUGACGAUAAAACAAAAUUAUAAGAAAAAACAUACAAUGAUAGAAAAAGACAAAAAGAAGAAGAGCAAAUGAAAAGUAAUAAGUUGCAAAACCAAAGAUAAGAAUAUAAUAGGAUAUUGAUUAUCUGAAAGAGGAUAUAAAACCAAACCACAAAGAAAUUCUUAACAAACAACAACAAACGAACUAUAAAUUUUUUUAGUUUUGGGUCUUUAAUGAAAAAAAAAAAAACAAUUAAUUAAAUAAUUAGUUAAUUUUGAAGAAUUUUAAUUUUCUGGGGAUAUUUAGUUCUUCUUCUUUUUAUCAGUUUUAUAUUAAGUGUCAGACAUUCAGUCGGUCAGUCAGUCAGUCAGUCAUUUAAGACGUAACACUUUCUACUCAGCCGUAAAUUGCCAGUGAGAGUCUCUCAUUUCUGCUUAUCUUUGUUUCGAUUAUGCAAGUUGAUUUGUGUAAGCCGUGUGUGUGUGGGAGUGUGUAUGUGUAUGUGUUCUAAACAACCCAUUAAGGUUUUCUUUCCAUUAAAAGUAAUGAAAAAACAACAAGAAUAACAAUAGAAAACUGCCUGAAAUUUAAAUGAAACAAACACCUUAAGUAAUAUUAAUUAAUUUGUAUCGUAUGUACUUACAUGCAUUCUCCAUUGUUCAGUUUAUUACAUUUACAAUUAAAUAAUAAUUUCGUUUUAAAUUAAGUAAAAUUAUACAAUGUUAUGAUUGUUAAAAGAGGGCAGAAAAUUCAAUUGAAAUUAUGAGAUGUGGUAAAUGUGGUUGUACAAUUUAAGCCUAUAUUGACAUCCUCAUAUAAAUUUGUAAUCAUUUUAAAGCAAUAAGUUUGUUAAAGUGUUAUCCACAGCCACUUUGAUAAAAGUUCACAAAUGUUGGUUAUAAGGGGCACAGGGAAAAAGCAAACAGUUUUGGCCGUAUGCUUACACACACAUUUACAAAUUCUUCCCAAGACUGAGGGCUUACGUCUUGUGUACAUUCACACUAAUAUGCUAUAGUGUGUCCCAUCUCUGGCUUUAUAUGAUCUCUUUGAAAUAGAUAAUGGGACCUUCCCACAAUCUAUCAUUUCGGUGACAUAUCAAACUAAUGAUAUUUAUCGAAUUUAUUUUAAAAGGUUUGAGAAAUGGUACACCGAAAGAAAAAUUAAUACCAAAUGUGAUUUUAUCAAUACCUUAUGGCACAAACAAUAAAUUAAACAACACCGCAUGCAUGUUGCAAUCCAUUAUACCAUUUGGUAUUGAAUUAUAUAAUAGCGACAGUUAUUGAAAAAUAUAAUACCAACAGGUAUUGAUGACAUACCGCCUUUUUUCUUUUUUUUUCUAUCAGUGUACAAAGUUUUGGAUGAUUUUAAUAAAGAGUGGUUAAAUUUUAAAUGCCGAUAUUGAUUUUGAAUAGCUUAAAUGCGUUGUGUGAUUAUGCAUUUUCCAAUAGUUUAAAUUGAGUUGGUCUGAAGUUGAGAAAUGCCAAAAUGGAAUGACAAAAACAAAACUUGACGUUUAGGUGCGAUUCGCAUUCGAUAUCGUCUCUUCAAAUUUAACCACCCUUUAUUAUAUAAAGCCGGAGAAAUGAUACACCGAAAGAAAA